AAAGAGGCGGUGGCGCUCAUUUAAAUAACCGGUAGAACAUGAAGGAAGAGGACGAACUUAACCUCACUGUGAUCCAAACGUACGACAAGUAUUGCACACAAAUCCUGGACAAGUCUCCAAGUGCUCAUGUGUAUUCUUUCCAGAGUGAUAAAAAUGCAUGGGUAAGUCCUUGAUUUUUUCAACCCCUAUUAGUACAACCUUGCUGCAUUAUGGCCUUCAGCUUUACAUGGUUGUCUGAUCUUUAUAAUGAUAAUUCUAAACCUAUAACUCAAACAACGGGCGCUGAAAUCUUCUAAAGGCUUUUCCUAUUGGGAAAUGGACAUUUAUUCGGAUACCUGUUGCUAAAGUUAAUACUUUUUUUUUUCAAUCUUCUCAUCUGUCCCAUUAUCUUGAUAGUAAAUACGUAAACGUCUGUUCAUUCCCUGAGAUUCGAGUCACAUCUGCCUUGCAUACUAAAAAUCCUGCCUGAUUUAUAGCGUCUUACUGGUUGUGGCUUUUUUCAUGUUCAUGACUCAAUUCAUGAGUAGCGUUUUCACUGCGGUUGGUGUUGUGGUUGGACUGGACCCGGAUAAGAAUCACUUACCCUAUAAUAUUCUGAUGUCAUUCUUCUGAUGUGGCUAAAACGAAAACAGGUGGCAUAUUUUUCCUAUAUAAGCGAUCAAAAGUUCCUUUUUUCGCUUUCAUGAUUCUGAAUCGUAAGAGUCCGACAUUGAAUCAAAUUGAGUUAGUGACUGCAAGUUUACAGCUUCAGCUGCACUGUCCUUUUCUUUUAUAUAAGACUUCGAAAGGGGAUAUAUUCUCCAUCUGGUUCUUCUCUGGUUCAGAUUGUGAACGCAUCGCGGAAAAACUUGGCAAACUUGUUCACGACGUUGGUGGCUUAGGACUAAAGAUAGCUCCUACAAGCCAAUCCACAAAUUCCAAAUCUAAAUCUUCCAAUUCUGUGAUGAAUUCUAUAGUGGCUGCUCCUAAAUCUCCGGAAACAGUUACUAAAGGAUUAAAUCAGUUAAUGGAUUUCGUUCGUGCGUCCAAUGAAAAUUCCAAGGCAAACUCCUCAAACCCAUCCAAAGUUAAUGACAAUGUAUCUAAUCAUUCCGAAGGACCAAGUAUAUUUGACAUGUUACACAAGGCAGAAGCCGAUUUUAAUUCAGGAAGUAAUCGAAGCGUAUCACAAUCAGACAUAACCGUCAAAAAUGAACUACAACGUUUUCGUACAGCUUGCAAUCUUCCAGUUUCAAAUGGAAAUAAUUCAUUCGGCAAUCAUUCUGGACCAAGUGCUAGCGGAGUUUCAAGUAGUAAGAAGAAUAAACUGAGUUGUGGGUCAUCUCAGAUUGUCAAUCAUAUUUCUGUUGCUGAACUUGAAGAACAAUUACUUCAGGAGCAUAUAUCUCUUCCUGAAAACGUUGAUGGGCUAACAUCACGUUCAAAGAUAUCCGGUGAUUUAAAAACAGUUGUCGCUACAGACGAUAGUUCUCCAGAUGACCAGGUGUUGUCACAUGUGUCAGUCAUGGAGUCUUCUGCAUGCUACCUUGAAGGACAUAAAGAUACUCGUGUUGAUCGAAAUCGCCGCCUUCUUAGUGAUGAUGCUGGUUAUGUGGAUGAUGUUGAUGAUGAGGAAGCAUGCGAAGACCCUUGUGGUCGUGGUUUACCCAAAAACUAUGGAGUUGGCCAACGUAAACAACGACGGCAUAUCCGUCAGCAACAAGAAAAUUUUUCAGAUGAAAUACAUUCACCAUCUAAUCGGUCGGUUAAUCGAAACAAACUCUCAAAUAUCACUCCCAAGUGUAAAACGAUUAUAGGAGAAGACACACUCGUUACACCUGACAUGUUAACCAGCAUCCCAUCAUCGAUUUUCCCCGGAAUAAUGUCCGAAUUUAAUUAUGGUAAACAUACUGUAUCGAGCCCUUUUUCAGAAAAUAAAGCCCCCAUCUCGAAAACAGAAAAAUCCGCGAUGAAUGAAUAUCUUACGAAAGAUCAACUAAGAGAAACAUUAAUUCAUUUGUUACAAACAGAUGAUGAUUUCUUACAUCGUAUACAUAUUGGUUAUGUUAAUGUAUUAGAAAAACGAUUGCCCAGAAAGUAGAAAGUGCGAUUUUCUUUAUCUGUACUUAUUGUUUUUAGUUUUAGUUUCAUCAAUAGAGAAAAGAUAUACAUUGAUUAAUUAACUAAUCAACCAACUGUAUGUAUUAUGUCAAAAUUAGAUUAUGUUAAUUAUAUUUAAUCAAUUUAUACAGUUAUUGCAUAAAAAAGGAAGAAGGGGACAAAUGAGACAUUCUCUGUUCAAUUUUGUCAUUGUUUCUUUUCUGGUUGUUUUUAUUUCAGUAUAAAUUUGAACAUUUUGUUUUUUGUUAGUGAUAUCUAUCAUCCAUCGACGGUUGUAAUUUCCAAGCAUUUAUUAUUCUAUGCGUUUAUCUUAUGUAAAAAUAAGCCCAUAUACAUGAACAUACAUAUUGUGUAUAUCUUAUUAUUCAUGUGAAAAUACGUCAUAUAUGAGACGUUUUUCUAUUGUUAUUCAAUAAAUAAAUAGUUGGUUUUCUUUUUCAGGAUUUCUACAGAUAGUAUCUUUUAUCUACCAAUUUCCCAUAUGUUGUAAUGUAUGUUUGUUGGUUCUUCCUCUGCAAUAUUGUAUUCAAGAAAAAUAUUUAUCCGAAUAAAAUUGAAGUCAGAAGACCUACUCAAAAAUACAGUUGAUCUUUGCUUAUUUAAUCGUAUUGAAUGCGAGAGUUAUCAAUGGAAUUGUUAGUUCUAUCUGAAAAAGUUUAUUGGGACUUGCAUAUACAGUUCCUUACUUUUUUUAUCUGAAGACAGAUCUUAUUUAACAUAUUUCUCUCCGUGUACAUAAUAUUUAACUUCGUCCAAUUGUUUCCUGCUAAUAAUAAACAGAAGCACGUUGUCCU